AUGCAAGAAAGCACAAUACAAAACACACCAAGACAAGCAGAAAAAACAGUAGCCAGAAGUAACACAGAAGAAGUGUAUGAGCCAAUCCUGCAGGAGUCAAACAAUAGAUUUGUUAUUUUCCCAAUAGAGCAUCAUGAUAUUUGGGCAAUGUAUAAAGAUGCAGUGGCAGUGUUCUGGACUGCAGAAGAAGUUGACUUGUCAAAUGACCAAGCCGACUGGGAAAAGCUAAAUGCAAAUGAGAGACACUUUAUUUCCUAUGUACUUGCAUUCUUUGCUGCCUCAGAUGGAAUUGUAAAUGAAAACUUAGUUGAAAGGUUUGCUUCAGAAGUUCAAAUAAGCGAGGCAAGAUGUUUCUACGGAUUCCAAAUUAUGAUAGAAAACAUACAUGCAGAGAUGUACAGCUUACUAAUAGACACCUACAUAAAGGAUACUGCAGAAAAGAACUUCUUAUUCCAGGCAAUGGAGAAUAUUCCUGUAAUAAAAAAGAAGGCAGACUGGGCCCUUAGAUGGAUAUCAGACAAGGAGUCUAGCUUUGCAGACAGACUAGUUGCUUUUGCAUGUGUAGAGGGAAUAUUCUUCUCUGGAUCCUUUGCAUCAAUUUUCUGGCUUAAGAAGAGAGGACUUAUGCCAGGGCUUACUUUCUCUAACGAGCUGAUCAGCAGAGAUGAAGGACUUCACUGUGACUUUGCCUGUCUUUUACAUUCCCACCUCAUAAACAAGUGUAAGAAUAUCAAGAAAAUAGUUUUAGAGGCUGUUGAGAUUGAAAAAGAGUUUUUAACUGAUGCACUUCCUGUUUCUUUAAUAGGUAUCAACUCAGACUCCAUGUGCCAGUACAUUGAGUUUGUCGCAGAUCGGUUACUAAUUGCCCUAAAUGAAGAAAAGGUCUACAACACACCAAACCCAUUCGAUUUUAUGGAGCUAAUUUCACUGCGAAGAAAAGCAAAUUUCUUUGAGAUGCGUGUGGGCGAGUAUAAAAGAGCAUCUGUUGGGGCACCACAAGCUCAGGGAUUUGCCAUGGAUGAUGAUUUCUAAUAUGGGGAUGCUACAAUCGCUACCACAAUAACAAUUCUAC